CGUAUUUUAUUUCCAGUUUUUGAUUGUGGUUAGUUGUCUCUCGUGUAUCUUCCUAUUCUUGAUGGAAGCCAAUGUGACCAAUAAUAUCACGCAAACGAUUCAAUUUUCCCCUUGCGAUCUGUGAUUGGCUACUUACACAUGCCAAGCGCACGCCUCUAAGAAGAUUAUAGGUUGUCUUUCCCGGUUUUCAACAAGUUAUUUGAAUACGACUGGUCAUUGUCGCCCGUUGUCAUUGAAUGAGCUGUUUUGAUAUCUCGUCGGAAAACAGUAGGCUACGAUAGGACACAUCGUGUUUUCAGGUCUCCGGCAAAAACACAGACAUUUGUUUUGUGAUAUCCACACUUUUAAUGUGGAUUAACAUUUAAUGAAGAAUUCAUUUCAGUUUUUGAAAGGCCUCCGACAUAUUUGACUUAUUUUCGGAUCUUUUUCCUAGUCGUGGACCAGCAGGUCACCAUGCCACCCACAACUCCUUAUGCUGGCAAGUUCAACUCCAACCCCUACACCAACCACAGCAACAACAACCAGGACCUCCAAGGUGCUAACCUCCAGGACCUUCACCACCACAGCAUUAAGCACCAUCACACCUACUCCCCCCUGGAGGCCAGCUAUGGGGAGAUGUGCUAUCAUGACAACAGCCUGGUGUCAGGCUCUCUGGAAGCCCUGAUCCAGCACUUGGUCCCAACUGUUGACUACUACCCUGAUAGGUCAUACGUGUUCACCUUCCUGCUAAGCUCCCGCCUCUUCCUUCACCCAUAUGAGCUCAUGACCCGGGUGUGUCACCUGUUCAUGGAGCAGCAGAGGUCUGGAGACCCACUCAUGAAUAAGAUCAGGAUCCGUGAGGUGGCUCCUAAGAUGGUGCAGCUGCUGACAGAGUGGACGGAGACUUUCCCCUACGACUUCAGGGAUGAGAGGAUGAUGCUGUGUCUGAGAGACAUGGGGCAGCACCUGGCCAGGGGAGACCAGUACUCGUGGCGAGCCAUGCAGCAGCUCACCCAGCGACUGAUCCGGCGGCUGUCGGCACUCGGCCAGUAUGAAGAGGCCGUAGCAGCGCUCAACGCAGCCGCUUCUGAAAGACCAGCGGCCCUGAAGGCCAAACAGCAGACUUCCCAGCACAGCGACAUACUGAGCAUAUGCGACGACCCCUUCAUCGUGGCCCAACAGCUCACACACAUCGAACUGGACAGACUGAGCUUCAUUGGCCCUGAGGAGUUUAUCCAGACCUUUGCCAUGAAGGACCCACUGGACAAUCACAAGAGUUUCUUCCGGAAGAGGAAAACAACCAACUUAGAAGCCUAUGUAGCUUGGUUCAACAGACUCAGCUACCUGGUGGCUACUGAAAUAUGUAUGCCAGUGAAGAAGAAGCAUCGAGCCAGAGCCCUUGAGUUCUACAUCGACGUGGCCAGAGAGUGCUUCAACAUCGGCAACUUCAACUCCCUCAUGGCCAUCAUAACUGCGAUGAACAUGAGUCCUGUGUCUCGCCUGAAGAAGACUUGGAGCAAAGUCAACACAGACAAGUUUGACAUUCUAGAGCACCAAAUGGACCCCUCCAGUAACUUCAGUAACUAUCGCACAGCGCUCCGUGGUGCUACGCAGAGAUCAGUCACGGCACACAGCAGCCAGGAGAAGAUUGUAAUCCCAUUCUUCAGUCUACUUAUCAAGGAUAUCUACUUCCUCAAUGAGGGCUGUUCUACCAGACUACCCAACGGACACAUCAAUUUUGAGAAACUGUGGGAGCUGGCCAAGCAGGUGAAUGAGCUCCUGGUGUGGCGUCAGGUGGUGUGUCCGUUUGAACGAGACCGCAGGAUCCUGCAGUACCUCGUCACCUCCCCCAUCUUCACUGAGGAUGGGCUUCAUCUGGCAUCUUAUGAGUGUGAAGGACCAGAGAACCACAUGGAGAAGGACAGUCGCAGAUCCCUCAGGUCCUCCCUGAUGCACAGGUAACGGGACGGGAGACACGCUCAUGAGAGACGUUGGGUGCCUUCCGUUAAAAAAGGUUGUCCCCCCCCCCCCGCUCACCUUAGCCCACUGUCCCUCUUAGACCGGAGGUGACUAGGCCUGUGUGGGUAUACUAAUGGCUCCCUGAGUCCACCAUGGCGUUCACUCCUGUUCAUGCCCCAGCGACACUGAUCCACAUCUGAGAGGACUGUCUGAGCUCAGAGAGAGGUUGGGGUGCCAUCUAGUGGUAGUAAGGUGAGCCAGCUAUUCAAGACAUCAAAGUUUGAAUCUGAACAUUUAUCUGUUCUUGUAUCGAUGUUACAAACAGAGAAAGUAUUGGAAAUUUAAUGGAGAACAAGACUGGGUCUAAUACACAUCUGAAACACUUUAUUAUUUAUAAAGUAAAUUAUAAUGGAUUAUAAGGCAAUAUAAUUCCACAUGUAAGGCAAGUUAAAUCAAGCACACCCAUAUGUCAGAUAUCCUAAAUGUGGAUUUGUCAAUUACUUAAUUUACAAUUUUAAGUAUUGUCUCCUGUCCUAUCCAAACACUAUUCAUAUGCUACAGUAACGCAAAGUAACCCUAUCGACCAUGUAGAUUUACUCACUGAAUUAAUUUGUCUAUAAAUGUCUUGCAUCAGCCUCAUUCAUGAAAGUAUUUCACAAGUUAUUUUUUCAUUUUAGAUUAGAUCAACAAGGGUUAGGAUUAGACUCUAGAGUAUGGAAUAAUAUAAGGAAUGUAUUUCUACCAAGCAAAAAACCUGCUAGAAAAGCAACCAAAAAUGUCUGUCCAGGUCAGACAUUAGAAAAUGUAACCAGUCGAUAGGUCUCUGACAGCAAAUAUAAACCUCCCAGAAAAUGAGAGUAGACAUAGUUAAACUGCACAGACCUCGUCUUCAACGCUGUUGAAUAUAAGGGACUCCAGGUUCAAGGUGGAGCAUGAAGGUGGAGCCCAUUUGGGGGAUCAGAACUUGGGCUACUACAGUGUUUUUCUACAGGAAGGUUGGAAUAUUUGUUUUGUUAUUUUUCCAAUUGUUGUUGUAAAGCAUGUGGCGUAUCGCAAACUUAUUUGUGGUGAGCUAGCUCUAUGCUUAUACAAUGUAAGCUACUCUUUGUUACUAAAAUAGUCUAUUUUUGAUGUUUAUCUUUUGUAUGUCGGGAAUAACGUAAUGAAUGGCUUGUACAAACAUGACAGAAAUACCUCUAUGUUAACUAACUCAGUCAAACUGUUUUCCUCUUGCUGUCCUAUACAGUUUUGUUUAUUUUGCUAAACAUUUUGUAUAGUUUCCAUUUUGUACUUUUUUUAAAUGUAAUUUGAUCGAAACUCAGUGUAUCGAAAUAAUCCUAUAACACGAGUGGCAUAACGAGCCAUUAAUGGUUGGUCUGAUUAUUCCACAUCCUUUAUGAUGGUAUCUGCCAAAACGUCACAACCAGAUAACAGGAAUAUGCUUGGUUUCUCUAGUUUUAGUUUGGAAUAAUAAAGGCAGAAGGAUGGGGAAACUGAACAGAGAAAUGGUAGAGCCAGGAGAGUUGAGGAGAAUGGGACAUUUACACUUAUGCAUUUAGCAGACGCUUUUAUCCAAAGCGACUUCCAAGAGAGAAUUUUACAAAAGUGCAU